AUGGGAGGGCUGCGACGCUUGCUGAUUUUCCUUCUCGUCGUCCUGAAAGAGCCCAACAUGCCAGAAGCUGACUGCAGCUGUGUACCAUCAUCAGACUGCGAGUGCCCCGACCGAGGUUUCACCAACAUCCCACAGGACCUCCCAAGGUCCAUCUCUGGCUUAGAGUUAAGACGUAAUCUUAUUACAACCGUAAACCGGCCCCUGUUGGCGAGGUAUAUAAAUUUGACAAACUUGGGUCUGUCAGGAAACCAGAUAACAAAGAUUACGGCAGAUACAUUUACAUAUCUACCAAAACUCAAACAGUUGGACCUGUCGAAAAGCAACAUAACAGAGAUACAGCCUGGUGCCUUUCAAAAGCUGCCCUUGCUGGAAUCAUUGACGGUGCAUUCCAACCACAUAACAAUGAUUCAGACAGGUACAUUCGCAAACCUAUCCCGUUGCGAAUUUUUGUACCUGUCCUUCAACAAGAUAACUAUCAUCAGUUCUGGCACAUUUGACAAUCUGCCCCGACUCAAAAGGCUGCACCUGUGCCAAAACCAGAUAACAGAGAUUCAAACUGGUGCGUUUGCUAAUUAUCUACCCCAACUCGAACGGUUGGACCUGUCCUCCAACAAGAUAACUAUCAUCAGUUCUGGCACAUUUGAAAAUCUUCCCAAACUCCAAAGGCUGUACCUGAACAAAAACCAGAUAAAAGAGAUUCAAACUGGUGCGUUUGCAAAUCUACCCCAACUCGAAAUGUUGGACCUGAACUCCAACAAGAUAACUAUCAUCAGUUCUGGCACAUUUGAAAAUCUGCCCAAACUCCAAAGGCUGUGCCUGUUUGGAAACCAGAUAACAGAGAUUCAAACUGGUGCGUUUGCAAAUCUGCUCCAACUCGAAAGGUUGGACCUGUCCUACAACAAGAUAACUAUCAUCAGGUCUGCCACAUUUGAAAAUCUGCCCAAACUCCAAACGCUGUACCUAAAAAAUAACCAGAUAACAGAGAAUCAAACUGGUGCGAUUGCAAAUCUACCCCAACUCGAAGGGUUGGACCUGGCCUACAACCAGAUAACUAUCAUCAGUUCUGGCACAUUUGAAAAUCUUCCCAAACUCCAAGGGCUGUACCUAAACAAAAACCAGAUAAAAGAGAUUCAAACUGGUGUGUUUGCAAGUUUACCCCAACUCGAAAUGUUGUACCUGAACUCCAACAAGAUAACUAUCAUCAGUUCUGGCACAUUUGACAAUCUGCCCCGACUCAAAAGGCUGAACCUGUUCCAAAACCAGAUAACAGAGAUUCAAACUGGUGCGUUUGCUAAUCUACCCCAACUCGAACGGUUGGACCUGUCCUCCAACAAGAUAACUAUCAUCAGUUCUGGCACAUUUGAAAAUCUGCCCAAACUCCAAUGGCUGAACCUGGCCCAAAACCAGAUAACAGAGAUUCAGGCCGGAUGA